AUGAUGAGUGGAUGUCCCGUCUUCAACUAUCUCUCUGACGACCCGCAAGCCUACCUCCUCCUGCUCAAAGACUACGUCCGCCCCAGCCCCGACAUCUGCACCCUCUGCAAAGCCCGCUGCCUUGAGUCCUUCAUCAAAACAGCCUCAGCCCCCGGUCUAGCUUGGAAUCGACUUUCUCCCGAUGGCCGUGUCCGCCCCGCACACACACGUCUCGACGCCCAACUUUCCGCACUAGGAAUCACCGCCUCCAACGCCUUCGGAUUGGAUCUUUCCGAAAAGGAGGUAGACCUAAUCUUCCAGCCUGCUACGAGACGGCUAACGAUUGACCGCGACUGGGACGACUUCGUCCACGCUGUCGUGGCCAUGACUGCUUACCGCGGCCGCGCAAGACCAGACCGGUACGACGCUUUCAAGUCGCAACAUGGCACCGACCACUAUGCGCUGGGAAAGAAGAUGGAGCUUAUGUGCUGGAGCCAGUUUACGAGUUACGACCUUGUCAGACCGAAAGGCGGGACCAUUGAGUUUUGGCUAUUCAACCUCGGCCAGUUGUUAUCUGGCGGAGCGGGGGUGUUCCUCCGCAGCUCCUCCGCGUCCCCCUGCACCUCUACUGCCGACGAGACAGAAACAAAGACAGAGAAGAAGGAGACAAAGAAAGACUGCUGUACCUGCCCAAUCUUUACCCCUCUGUCCGGGCGGCACCCCGACACGUUUACCGGGUUCGAAUGGAUCAAUUUCGUCCUCUCCGUCGCCCACAACCGCAUCUCUCCAGACCUCCUCUCUGCUUGGUCGGCAUCAAAUCAUCCCUUAUUCACCGAGGACCUCUCCACUCUCUACAGCCACCACCCCUUAUCCCCAGGCUACGACUGCACCAAGGACAAAAGCUGGUAUCAGCCCUCCUACGGCUAUAGCCGCAUGAGACGGUUCAUCGUCCCCGAAGACAUCUAUAACACUGACCCACGAGACGUGGAACUUUCCUUUUUGUUGGGGUUUGACGUGCUCUCCGAUUUUCAUCCCCUGCUUGACUCUCCUCCCCCCGUUGUCGAAAAGUCCAAGUUUUCCUCAGCAGACUUGUUUGAAGUGGAGAACCUCAGAGAAAGUUUCAUAGCCAUGUUUCAAAACCAUUUCGCCGGUGGAAGGCAGGCACAAUGA